AUGGCAGCUCUGGAAGCCAAGAAUAUCGCUCACUUACCCGGGAAGACGGGGGCAAGUCGGGGCCGGCGAACGGGCGCUCGGGCGACACAAAGGAACCAUGAAGAAACUUUUCGAGCCGGAGCCGCCGGCGGAGCGCGGGGACAGCGCCGCGGGGUCCUCGGUGCGAGCGCGGCUCAGCAUCCCGGCGGGGGCGAGCGUCAGCCCCGGGUGCGCAUCCCUCUCCGGCGCCGGGGCGGGAGCCAUUUCCCGGAGUUUUCAAGAAGUGUCAGGUUCUCUGCAUCCCGCAUCCCGCCCGGAGCCGCUCUCCCCGCCGCCCCGGCCCCUAGUCCGGCCCUGCCUGCUGCUCGCGGCGGCGGCGGCGGCGGCGGGGAGAGCGGCUCGGGGCGGCCGGACCCGCGGCGGUUGCUAAGAGACCGGAGCCAUGACACAGGGAAAUCGCUGCAGGAUGGCAGUCGGUACCCGGCCCGGCUAGGCGGCUCGGGGGCGCACCCGCCCCCCGCCCCGCCCCGCCUCCCGCCUCCUCCCCGGCUCCCGUCCCCCCGCCUCGCCGGUCUCCCCUUCCACACUUCCUCUCCCGCCGGCGCGCGUCCCUUCGGAAGAACCGCUUCCCCAGGAACGAGGAGGCGCGAGGGGAGGUGGAGGAGGGGGCCCGGGCCGGGGGCGCGCGGAGAGGGCAGGGCGCGGGGCGCCUCAGCCUCGGCCCUCCCCGCCCCUGGGGCGCCCCGGGACCGCCGCCUGCCCCGGGGCUGGAGCUUUGUUCUUUCCCUCCCAACUACCUGUCUGAGCCGCGGGCCGGAGGGUCCCCAAAGGACGGGCCGCAGCUCCCGGAGGGGCUCCCCAUCAACAUCCGAGGGUAGCGCCCGCGUCUCCCUGCCUCCCUGCCACCCCGCCUCUCCUCUCCUCUCUUCCUCUUUUGUUGCCUCUACUCCUGGACACGACACAGCCUGGGCUGUCUCCCCCCUCCCACUCGGGAGUUGGCAGUGUGGACGCACAGCGAACACAAUUCUCACUGAAGUCUAGAAAGUCAUGAAGUUGCUGCUGAGGAUGGGUGUGUGUGAUGGUUUCCCGUCUCCGAAGAAAUGGAAAUGGGGCUAAACAGGGGCAGCCACACCACGCCGGGAUGUGCAAGGCAGAGAUGCAAUCAAGGGCUUUAAAAUAAAGCAGCGGUGGGCUCCUCGAAUUUGAUUAAAUCCCAACUUCCCACCACGGUGUGUUCCACCUGCCUCUAGCCUUCCCGUCAUGAGGCAUGAACGCUGGAGGCCAAAUCCGAAACUCGUCCUCUAAAAACUUCAACAUUUUUCAGAUGAGCUGAUUCUGAAAAGUUAUUUACAUGAUGGUCUUCCUCUUUUAUGAAAAUAAAAACAAUAGAAACUCA